CCACACACCACUCGUCUCUCCAAUUCAAAUCGUUCAGUGCCAUCGAUUUCUUCUUUCUCUGAAAUAUCUGAUCUCUUUUCGAAACCCUGAAAAUGUCGUCUUGCUGCGGAGGAAACUGCCGAUGUGGAUCUGCUUGUAAGUGCGCCAAUGGAUCUGAGGGAAGCAAGAUGUACCCGGACCUGAGCUCCGUUGAGAAGAGCACCACCGAGACUGUUGUCCUCGGCGUUGCACCCGAGAAACCCCAAUCCGAGGGAUCUGAGAUGGGUGUUCGUGUGGAGAGCGGCUGCAAGUGCAAUCCCUGCAAGUGCAACCCCUGUAACUGCUAAAUCUUAGAUGACAAGGGUCGUUAUGAAGCCAGGAGCAGAGAUCGAUAGAAUAAUAGUAUGUAGUAGCAGUAUAAGCGUCCGGUUUCUGCUUUUUUGGUCUCCUUAGAUCUAUUAAGCGUAAUAUAAUAAAGCAGCGUUGGUUUGUCUUCUGCGUCGGCAGUUGUUUGUUGUUGUUUGGUUUUCCUGUACAAAUAAAUGGCGUUUUAUGGUUUUAUGCAUGUGUAAGACUAUGUUGAAAGAUAGUGUUGAAUGAAUGAUACUCCUUUCCUA